GUAAUCGUUACUAUUUAGAAGUAAAAUCGUUUUAUAGACCUUGUCCCACCCUUUCAUUGAAACCUGAUUGACAAUUUAACAGCUCUUCCAUUGAUAGAUCCUAUCUACGCCGUAGCAGGGAGCCAAGUCGUCAUCGCUAUUCAUUAUGGGCGCAUAUUUCGAAGAAAUCCCAAAACAAAGCCUCAUCGAUUGGAUGUUGGCCCAGAAGGUUUUCUGGAUAGCUACAGCACCACUAUCGGGGAAAGGGCACGUUAAUCUUUCACCAAAAGGGGGCCAGUAUUUUGGUAUUCCCGACACUAAAACCUUUUGGUUCUUGGAUUUGACAGGAAGUGGGAAUGAGACUAUAUCGCAUCUUCUGGAGCCUGGUAACGGCCGUGUAACUAUACUAUUCAAUGCCUUCGAAGGACCGCCCCGUAUUGUCAGGUUUUGGGGCAAAGGCCGCGUACUGGAAAACGGAACACCAGAGUUUGACAGUAUCGUGCAAAAGGAAAACAUCGAAGUCAUACCAGGCACACGGUCAGUCAUCGUGGUAGAUAUCCACCAAGUCGGCACCUCAUGCGGCUACUCGGUUCCAAUCUUCGACUUCAAGGAAUUCCGGACUACCCUCAACGACUUCUUCAAGCGAAAGGAAGCCAAGGUCCUCGAAGGCAACGAGAAAGAGAGUAUGGACCGCUACUGGGCCCUCAAAAACGCCUGGAGUAUGGAUGGACUCCCAGGUAUGCCGCGGGGUCUGAAAGCCGCGCGCUUUUACGCUAUCGAACCUGUCAAAAAGAUGGUCGGGCCCCUCGCUCCCAAGAACGGCGUAAAUCUAGGCGCGCGCAGCGGAUUCCUACUUGAACAUUUUGUCAUCAUAGUACUGGCUCUCUUACUCGCUAUCACGUUGGCUACACAUCCUGCUUUCCAGUACCAUGCCCAGACACGAAUACGGGAUGUGAUACUACAGGUCAAGGCCGUGCCGGGCGCACUUCCGAGUUCUGUUAGGUUUAGGGAGUAAUAAUGAGCGUGGAAACGAGGCCGUGCUACACUGCUAUUUUCAUAAUGUAGACUCGUAGAGCGAGUCUGACAGGGGAGUAUUGGGUAUGCGUUCGUUUACUGUUUAUACUGGGUACCUCUUAAACUAA